AUGGACAGUAUUUCUCAAGUUAUCCAUGACUGUGAGAUGUGCACUGCCAUCAAGCAAGCCAAGAGGGUGAAGCCCCUCUGGUAUGGGGGGCGGUGGUCCAAAUAUAAGUAUGAAGAGGCCUGGCAGAUUGACUACAUCACACUGCCUCAAACCCGCCAGGGCAAGCGCUAUGUACUGACCAUGGUGGAAGCCACCACUGGAUGGUUAGAGACCUACCCUGUGCCUCAUGCCACUGCUCGGAACACCAUCCUGGGCCUGGAAAAACAAGUUCUUUGGAGGCAUGGUACCCCUGAGAGGAUUGAGUCAGACAAUGGGACUCAUUUCAAGAACAGCCUUAUAAACACCUGGGCUAGGGAACACGGCAUUGAGUGGGUGUACCAUAUCCCCUACCAUGCACCAGCUGCAGGGAAAGUGGAAAGGUACAAUGGACUGUUAAAAACCACCUUGAGAGCAUUGGACUUGGAUUUCUGGAAAUACUACAACAUUACUUUAGCUGGGAAUGAGAUAGAAAGAUGGACUCACAGGCAAGGUGGCAGAACUGGGAGGCUGGUAGAGCCUGUGGCCUCUCCUGAAAAUGCUCAUCUUUUGUCAGUGAAGUCAAUCAGCAGCAUGGACCAUCUCUUGCAUCUCCCUGGAAAGGCAGAUUCUGCUUACAGCUCUUUCUCAGAAGAAUCAAAUGUUCCAGAGUACCUCACACCAUCAUGCCACAGUGAAAACUUCCGUGUGCCGCCAGAGGAGGUCCCAUACACGGCUUUGGAAUGUGUAACAGGAAUUUAUCAUCUCAGUGCUGCACACUCUGACCUCAGAUCCCCCCAGCCAUACAAGGCAUCAGACCUGAGCACCCACAAUAACUCUCAUAGCACCAGUCUCACAGAUCACUGUGGAAUUACUCCUACCCAAAGGAUUUCAAAUCAGGAACCUCCAGCCCUGGCAGCACCUCCACUGUCUCCUACCACACGACUGGAUAGUCAUCACUACAACAUCACUUACAGACAUUUGGAAAAGUCAAGAGAGAGACGAGGCUCUGCAGGGCACACUGAGUGUAGUGUGCAGACAGCUCCUGGUGUGCAGGACAGCCAGCUAGAAGAUAGGGAUGUACCAUGGAGUCAACACCAGGAUGCAGGUACAGAGCAAGAUAUAGGGCCUAAUAGGGAAAAGACUCUGGAAAACGAGGGCCUUUCUUCUCAUUUGACAAAUAAGGUAUCAAAAGUUCAGACAUUAAAGACAGAGGAAAAUGGAGAGUGGAGUCCAUCACAACAACCUACAAAGAGAAGCAAUCCACACAUUUUCAGCAGACCUCCUCCAUUCAUUUUUCAAGAACAUUUAAAGACCAGCUCUGUGGCAAAUGUCCCCAAAAUACUUUCUGCUUACAAUUCAGGUCAUGCUAAUAAAACUUCCAAAGAGACAAACUCAAAAUCUUAUCACCAAGCGCAUUUCAACCCCAAUGCUCUUAAUGAUACACAGGAAGUCAAACAGUGUCCCAGGGAUGUGUGUAAGCCAAGUGCCAGAGAAGCAGCUCUGCCAAGCACUGUGCCUGGACCCAGACAGAGGAAAGAGUCCUUGCGCUGUGCUCAGGGCCUACUCCAUGCUGAAUGGCAUUCAGACAUGAAUCAGGAUGUGCUUGAGGACAGUUUGGAAUUAAAAUAUAUGGACAAUGCUCUUCUAAAUAAAAACACUGCCAGGAAGCUGAACAGUUAUGCAGACAAAAAUCAGUGCUAUGAUUCUGAAGGAAAAAUUCUGAGCAGUAUUAGGGAACCAGUCCCAAACCAGCAAAAUAAAGUGCAGAGAUCAUCAUUGUCCUGCAGCUGCAAUGCUUUGGAAGCAGAGCACCCUCAGUGUGAGGAUCAGGGAAAGAAGCAGUGUUGUGAUGGCACAAACCAAAUGGCUUUCUUUAGACCAAAGGAAGAUUCCGUAUCUCAGUCAUUACAUGAAGUCCAGAAAGAAAACCAGGGUAACAACAGCAGUCCUGACCUCAGCAUGUGUCUGGAACAAGAGGAACCUCUUCUUCAGAAACACCAGCCUGUAUUUCAAACACAGCUCUUAAGACAGCUUUGGGAGGACCAUGCUGGUGAACAAAUAAGCAGGCAGGCAACUCCCAUGCUUUACUAUUUUUCUGCAGGGAAAACCACCAGUGUCUGGCACCCCAACAAGGACUCAAGGAGCUCACCAAAGGAAAUUCCAUCAAGGAGCUAUGCUGCCUCAGCACAGUGUCUAGAGAUACAAAGAGAAGGCCAUCAGCUUCAGAGAAGCAGCCACCACCAUCAGUGUAGUGCUGAUGAUCUCCUGCUCCAGAAUAAAGAUCUCAUUUUUAGGAGUACUGCAUCAUUCACAGAAGAGAGUUUCCAGAAUUACUAUAUAGAGAAACUUAAAGUGGCUCAGAAAAAGGUUCUCAAAGAAACCUCCUUUAAAAGAAAACACUUACAGAUGAGUUUGCCUGUCAGACUGAGACAGAAAUCCUCCAAACAGACAUCAGUUGAACACCUUUGGUCUUUCUUGUUAUACAGUGCAAGCAAAGAUGCCAAACCUGUUCCUUGUUCCCCUUCUCAUCUAGAAUCCUUGGAAAGUUUCAAUAGAAAAGAAGAAAUACAGAGGCCACAAAAAGGUCAAGCAGGGGGAAGGAAAAGGGUAACCCAAGAGCAAAACAAACUGUGCUACUCUGAGCCUGAGAAGCUCAAUCACCUAAUGGAUAAGGAAGUAUCAUGGAGUCAAGUUAGAGAUGAAAUCACUGAGCAAGAUGCAGUGGCAUCCAGGAGAAGGGUUCUAGAGAACAGAGGAAGGGCAUUUUCCAGUUCAGGUGUCUCCAGGACAGAGUUGAAACAAAUCCAGCACAGUGCAUUGAUCAAAUACAUAGAACGAAAAAUCAGUCAAAGACCCGAUGGUUCACAACACCUCCCACUGCAUAAGCCACCCCUGCAGAAGAGGCUGUCAAAUCCCAAAGGGCCCCCUGGCCAGAUUUCCAACCCAAAUGGAAACAAGAAGAGGCAAAAUGAUGAAGUUUUCUGCCAGCUUCUCUGUGAACAAAAAUAACCAGAUGUUUUUCCUUCUUUGCUUUUUGCUCCCCCACUGAAGGUGACCAGCAGGUGCAAUCCCAACAAAGGAGACAAGAGCUGUACCAGCAAGUGUCCAUCAGCUGAAAGUCUCCCUCAGACGGGUGGUUCUGCAUCUGGGAGAGCUCCUGAGAGACCAAAAUCCACUCCUUCUUCUACACAGGACACUUGCAGACGUGCCAGAGGUACAGCA